UCGCAGGGGAAGAUGGCGAGCGACGGUGUUUCUGAUGGAGGCUGGCGUCGGCCCGAGGACUCGGGACCCUACCCGCGCGAAUGGGACCGCUUCGAGGGCCUGAAGCCGAUGCCGGACGGGCGCACGGCCACCUUCUGGAUCCGCGACCUCACGCCCGACCUGGAGGAGGCCGUGGUGGCGCACAUGAAGCAGCACUACGUGCGCGAGGAGCAGAUGGCGCUGGCGACGCGCGCCGCCGACGACCCGCGCUCCGCGGCGGACCUGGAGGGCAUGUGGCGCGAGGCGGUGGGCGGCACGCGCGUGUCGCUGGCCGCCUUCAGCGACUGGCCGCACGGCGCCCACCGGCCCUCGCUCGCCGCGCUCAACCUGCUGGGCGUCGUGCGCAGCACCGACCCGCCCAUGAUGAUGGAGGGCGAGAAGACGCGCCCCAUGUUCCUGCUGAUGAACGAGAUGCUGGCGGCGGCCGACGUGUUCCGGCGCUUCGGCGUGCGCAGCUACCUGGUGGGGCUGGGGCUGUCGGUGGCGCCGCCCUUCCGCGGCCAGGGCGUCGGGCUGCGCCUGCUGCAGGCGCGCAGGCCGCUCUGCGCGGCGCUGCGCAUCCCGCUCAGCGUGCUGGAGACGCGCCGCUACGCAGACUUCGCCCUGGAGGACGGGCAGCGCCCAUUCAAGGACGCCACCUGGACGCACAUGGAGAUCCAGGCUAUCUUCUACGGGCCCAGGGACGACGAGGAACAACACUCUUGAGAGGAGAGCGUAGACCUGUGCGGACGGAGACAGUAAAUACGUGGCUGUCUGGAAGCCGCCGCGAAAUUUUGACCUGAGGAAGGCUGCAGAAUGGCGGCCGAAACUUCGGCACCUGUGCCUACGACAUGACGUCUCCUGGACAGCCAAGUAUUUACUCUUGAAAGGACAUUUUUCCAGGAGAGCACGCGAAUUGUCUUUCGCUACAACUCGUGCUGUUAUUUUAUUAUUAUUGCUGCGUAUACCACAUUGUUUUAUGCCACAACACAACUCAUUGCCAGUUACCACAACACCCAUACUCUCACAUGCACGCGCACACAACAAAAGAAGAGUGGUACAACGACCUUCCACAAUCAGUGGCGAUUCGUGGCUGUGAAGACAGCUGAAGAGCUAUUAGGAAAAUAUAAAUUUACACAUUGUUAUCGUAAUUAUUUAAAUCACUGAUUUCUUGUAUACCCAAUCGAACUUAUGGUCCUUCAAGGCAGCGCACUUGUCUAUGAUGUUUUUAUUCAUGUUUCCUUACUAAUUUAUCUGUUUCCUAAUUAGUAACUAUCGUAAUUCACAAGCAUCUUCUAAAUUACGAUAUUCCUCAAAUAAAUACUGAGACACCUGUGUAUGUGUCGUAUCAUCUUCCUGAACAUAAAUAAUACGACGUUGCCAAUUAUGUUUGUACAAAAUAAUUGAUGUAGUCUGAAGUGCGCUUUAUUGAUUCAUUUAGUAUGCUAUUACGAAUUUGGGUAUUUAUGCACCGAUCAAGUUGUAUUGAACAGAGUGGCAAAUUCUUCUCUGUUCCAAGCGUUGCAUGUAUUACUAAAAAUCAAGCAUAUACAACAAAACAAAUUUUAUAGUUAGAAACAAAACGAUAUGAAUUCCUUAAAGUAUAGCUGUUUGAAACUAAGUUUGUCUUUUCCCCCAAUGUUCAACUUUUGUACCAGAUACUAUUUAGGGAGGCUCAAUUCGACAACUACAACUUUAAACUUGCUUAUCUUAAUUUUCACCACAUUAAAACGGAAUUUGUAAUAAAAUAUCUCCAAAUCAAACCAGGAUUCAUAUUUGAAACACUACAGCACACUUAAAGAAGCACGAUACGAAUUUUACACUGGAAAAAUUAUCAUAUUUAUUUGGUCUUCAUUCCACCACAUUCUCACUUUUUGGUAUAUCGUAUGAAUGAAUGUAUAUUGAUGGACACCGUUUUCAGAGAAAAGAUUAACUGAAUUUAAACUAUACGCACUCCAAAACGUAAAACAAAAUUGCACUUUGUACUAUCAUAUUCGUAAACGUGUGUUAAAGUAAAAGUGAAUUAUUUUGAUUGAUUUAUAGAAUAUUUUUUGCAUCAAGUUAGAGCGGUCCGUUUCGCAUUACGUUGGAGAAAACUUAGUGAUAACAUGUACUACAUAACAUAUGUAGUGAACUAACAACAUUCUUAAAAUGCUUUGGUUGUGGGCUGAUUAGUGUAUAGAAUUGUUACAUCAAAGAUGGCGGGCUGAAAUUCAAUCAAAACAUGGGUUUUUAAGGGAGAACAAAUCCUUCAUAGGACUUCCUUCGGAAUGGGAGUGAAACCGGCUAUCCCAUGCUGCAGAUUUACUGAGCUACUACUACUCUGAGCUAAAUUCUAAUCCCCUGUUUCCUCGUCCCGGUAAUGCCUUCUUUCGCCGCUUGAUGGUAAAAGGAAUGCAACAAAAUUUACAUGGUCAGAUGGAAAACAGGCCCGAAGGCCUGAUCCUCCCCACAUAAUAUAAGACAUCAUUGAAUUGUAAGAAAGACUAGACUUGGUAGUUUUUUAUCCUCUGUAACU